AUGUGCGGGAUUUUUGGGAUCGUGCAGGCAGACGACGUCGAAGCAAAUGAUGCACUUCCCAUACUGGCAGCAGAUGGACUGAUAGCGCUUCAACACAGAGGAACCGAAUCUGUGGGUUUAGUGGGUUCAGACGGUGUGGAUCGGCAACACCUUGAGAUCAUUAAAGGUCAUGGAUUGGUCCGUGAUCUUUGUGUGGAGGAGAACUUGAACAAGCUAAAUGGAUCCCGAAUCAUUAUUGGCCACAAUCGGUACUCGACUGCAGGGCGAAAACGGCCAGCGAUCAAUUGCGUACAACCUUUUGUCGUUUACACUGCGAUAGGAACAGUAGCCAUUGCCCAUAAUGGAGAAUUGGUGGAUGCGAAGAAGAAAAGAAAAGAGGCACUACAUCAAGGCGUUGGACUGUCUACUGAUACCGAUUCGGAGUUAAUAGCUCAGAUGGUGGCUAAGGCUAUCGCACUAAAUUACAAAUGCCGAAACGAUGAAAACUGGGGCGACAUAUCGAAGGAGCUUGCUGUGACAAUGUCGGCAAUCAAUAUGUCAUAUUCCUUACUCGUAAUGACAUAUGAUCGUCUAUACGCUAUACGAGAUCCAUACGGCAACAGACCACUUUGCGUUGGUAGCAUUUACGAUCCGGCACAAUCCAGCACAACACCUGUAGCGUAUUGUGCGGCGUCAGAGUCAUGCGCACUUCCCGGUACGGCUAAGCUGGAUAAGGAAGUUGAACCGGGAGAGAUGGUUGAGAUUUCCAGCGAGGGCAUACGAUCUGUUUUCCAGAUGAAACCACAAACGCCACAAGCUUCUUGUAUUUUCGAAUAUGUCUAUUUUGCUAGGAAUGACUCGAUCAUGGAAGGACAACAGAUUCAAACUGUCAGACAGAAAUGCGGUAAAAUCCUAGCCAUUGAGGCGCACGUGGACGCGGACAUUGUCUCGAAUGUUCCUGAUUCAUCAACAGCAGCAGCUAUUGGAUACGCGGCUCAGUCUGGAGUACCGUAUGAACCCUGUUUUCAUCGAAACAGUUACGUUGGACGAUCCUUUAUACAACCGAGCAAUGUCAUGAGACAAUCAGUGAUUCACAAAAAAUUUGGUGUUCUCAGAAAGAAUGUCGAAGGCCAACGUAUAGUGCUAAUUGACGAUUCAAUAGUUCGUGGAAAUACUAUGAAAAUUCUCGUCAAAAUGUUGCUGAACGCUGGCGCGAAGGAGUAUCCGUGUUUUAUGGGGAUCAACAUACCCACUACAGAAGAAUUAAUGGCUAGUACGAAAAGUUUGGACGAGAUUACCGAGCAUAUCGGUGCAACAUCAGUUGCGUAUUUGUCGGUAGAAGGAUUGCUAAGGGCCGUACAGUCCGGAAUCGAACGACGCGUAAAUUUUGACGUCGGACAUUGCACAGCUUGUCUCACUGGGGAAUAUCCAGUACCAAUUGAUUUUUAA